GGUUAAUAAACGCGAGACGCAGAAACACGCUAUAAAUACCCAGCCUCCACCCACGCAUCUCUCAGGCCUGCACAGUUCGAAUAAGAAUAACUCAUUCGCUCUCAUCUCGCAUUAGAUUCCAUCCAAAUUCCAAAGUAAGUUACAAAAAUCAAGGACGCUUCAAUGGAGAUGAGAAAGAUCGCUUGUGCCGUCCUCGUCGCCGCCGCCGCAGCCACCGGAGCACUCGCCGCCGAGGCCCCCGCCCCCGGCCCCGCCAGCGCCGCCUUCGCGGUCACCCCUGCCGCCGGAACAGCCAUCGGCGCCGCCGCCUUAGCCUUCCUCGCCUACUACUUGCAGUAGGAAGAAAGGAUACCCACAAUGACUUGCUAAUUCAUCUCGCCGGCGUUGG